AUGUAUUUACAUUGUCCCUUUAGCAAGUUUGGCCAAAUACGGAACGUGUGGCUCUCGGAGCCAUUAUCGAUAUUUUUGCGACAACGCGCCGUCGAAGCGUCGCUAUGCUUUUGGAAGCUCAAUAGCAUUUGCAAAAAGCAUAGGCUUGAGAACUGCUUUUUCAAUGAGCCUCCUAGAAAAAUGGUAACCAUUAUUUUUGCAGGCAAUAGUUCAGACCAAAUUUCAGCAAAGAACCUCAUUAAAAUGUUAACCGUGCAUUAUCUGGAUUUUGAUGAGCCUCACUACAGAUGUGGCUCUUAA